CUAAAAACAGACAUUUUCACAUUUAGGCUCUGCCCCCUUCCUUUUAUUGUCUGGGUCACAGUUAAAGAGACGACCUAGAGGGGAGGGGGUGUCAAAACAGUUGACAGACGACGAAAGGACUAAACAGACGAUCGAUGCUUGCGAUGUGGCGCCAUGCGAUAGGAAUAGCGGAAACGCGUUUGGUUUAGAUUGCUGACGACGUUUAUCUUCCUUAGAAUUUGGCCUAGUAUCCCUAUGAUAAGUCGCCUCGCUGAUAAAAAUAUAGAAGUGUCGGCUGCAUAGUUUUUGCAAUAAUGGCGGACACAGUUAUUUGUAGCGGGAUUGUGGAUGAGGCGCAUCCAGAAGUCUUCGACCUAAGAGCAAUGCCCCCACAACCGAAGGAGCGUAAGCCUGGUCAGCUUCCGGAGAGCAAGAUAAAACAGUUUUUCGAACAGGGGUACCUCAUUGUAGAGGAUUUCUUCACCAGAGAGGAGCUUGACGUGGUACGGGUGGCGACAGAGGGAUUGGUGGAAAAGCUAGCCCAGAAAUUAUACUCGGCAGGAAAGAUCAAAAAUUUAUAUAAGGAAUGUGGGCUAUUUGAAAGAUUGACAAAGAUCGAUGACGAAUUUCCAGGAGCCAACAUUCUCCUCCACAAAACAGGAGAACUACCUCAGGCUUACCGUGAUUUAUGGUCCAACGAACGACUCCUGAACGUCAUAGAGCAGUUGUUAGGACCUGAUGUUGCUUCAUCUCCUGUAUGGAAUCUCCGCACCAAAACACCCAAGAACGAGGCUACAGUGGUCCCUUGGCACCAAGACAGUGCCUACUUUGACAACGAUUCCUACAAUGUGCUGGUUCCUACGGCCUGGAUACCUCUUCUGGACACAGAUGAGUUCAAUGGCGGUAUGCAGGUUGUCAAAGGUGGGCAUACUUCAGGGAAAAUAGCGACACAUCAGUGUUGCCAUGGUGGCACGUGGUACGUCAUGUUGGAGGAAGAGGAAAUGGAGAGGUCUCUUGGUUUAAACAUGGCGCGGGACACUGUUACCUGUCCAAUACCGUACGGUAGCUUCCUUCUCUUCCAAAACGCUACGCCACAUAGAAGUCUGCCUAACCUGUCGAAACAGGUGCGUUGGGCUCUUGACUUGCGAUGGCAGCGGCCAGACAAGCCCUUCGGCCUAUGGGGCAUGAAGAAAGGCGUGGUGAUGAGGUCAUCUUCCGAUAAUAAUGUUAAGAUCGACUGGGAUACAUUCGUGUCCGUGGAUCGCACAGCCGUGCAGACGGAUUCUGUUAAGGACAUGGAUAUUAUGUUUGGCGGGGGAUGCCUAGGCGGGGGGAUCUACAUUCUGCUAGACAAGAGUGAAUUCCUGGUAUUGGCAAGGAGUGCCACGAGUUCCCUGAAUACCGAUGACGUGGUGACGCCGUCACUGCUCGAAACAGCAGCGUACGUCUUCAUCGGUGUGGGCGGCUUCGUCUUCAUAACGGCGUUUUUGGGUUUCUGUGGAGCGUGCUGUGAGAACAACAAAUGUCUUAUUUCAUACAUUGUCAUCGUGGUGACGAUUCUAUUAGGACAAGGCACAGCGGUCGUUCUGUCUGUCAUCUACAAACAGCAGUUUGAGGAUUAUGCCCGCGACAACCUGAAGGCUUUACAACAGAGUCGCUACAAGGGUCCUUACGACACCUCCGACAUCAUCAGCCUCGCUUUCGACGUCGCCCACAUCUAUUUUAAAUGUUGUGGUGUGGACAGCGGAGUGGAAUACGCCUCCAUUUCCAAUUGGAAUACGACCUAUGCUUACGACCCUGGUAACGGAAAUUAUGUAGUGGGCAAUGCCACUAUCCCGGCGACAUGCUGCGAGUUCUCCGACACAGCCCUCUUUCCAAAUGACCUUACAAGAUUCCUCAGCUCCAUGACCAAUACAACGUGCCCGGUUACCCAGGCGAGCUCAUACUACUCCAAGGGUUGUUACGAAUCCAUUAAGGAUCACUUCAGUCAGUACUUCAACAUUGUGAUCGGCGUGGGCGCGGGUGUUGCAGCAUUGGAGCUUUUAGGUGUCAUUGCCGCGUGCUGUAUGAUAAAGCUAGACAAGGACAAGGAGGAGGAGGAAGAGGAUUAGAGUAAAUCCAAAGUAUAUGAAGGGGAGGGAACUUGGCGUAAUGUGGGGCUAACAACGCACAGGGACAUGAGAAGUUUAUUUAGACCUUCCCUAGUGUGCAUUGUACGUGUUUGACAUUUAAGGGGGCAGUAGCAUAUAGGAAGUUCAGAAAAAAGUGAGGGGUCAAGAAUGUUUUUUUUUUUCAUAUUUAAUCAAACCCAUCUGUAUGUCAUGCAUGUUCAUAGUAUAUAUGUGUGAUGGACAAAACUGCCUUCUUUAUUUUGGAAGUGAUGAUUUUUUUUCAUAUUUGAAUUGGUCAAUAUGACUAGAGAAAUGAAAAUAUUAUUUUGCAGAGCAAUUUUAAUGCGUGUAAAGGAACGCGACGUUGUAGGAAUUUGUUUUUGUGUUUGUUUUUGUUUUUACGUUGUUUUGUUUUUUAACCUGUUUUAACGCAUAUUGAACGCCAGAUGAUAUGGAAACUGUAAUAAUAACAUGUAAUAGAUAUAUCUAACAUGCAAAAUUUCACAUGAAAAUCAACGUAAUUCAUAGAAAACAGAAAUGAAAAUACAAUAAUUAUAGCAAAUAAAUUACAAAUGGCUAAAUGUGUAAUUUACUGCCUCUGCAAUGAAAACCAGUUGACGCAACCGUUUUUAACUCUGGAAAAAGAUGGAUGAACAUAUUGCAUUUAAAUUUGUUAUAAGGUCCCCCC